AUGAAUUUAACAGCAUCUGAAAUUCAAAAAUUACUAACUGGUUUAUUUUGUGUCUAUAAACCAAAAGAUGCAUCAGUGAUGGCAUUAAAAAGACUUAUUUCUAAAAGAAUUGUAGAAGAUGGUAAUGAAUAUCAUAACAUAAAUGUACCAUUAAUACAACGCCCAAUUGUAACAUAUCAUCCAAAAACAGGUGCUCCACUAGUAACAGGAUUAAAAAAUCAACUUGAUUAUACAAAACAUCCACUAGUUUGUGGAUUUCCAUUUCAUGUUAAAGAUAUUAAAUUAGAUGAAUUAAAUUUUCUCGAGCCCGCCUCAUCAGGUGUAUGCUUAUUUGGAAUAAAUUUAUCAGAAUCCGAAAUAAUGAAUAUAAAAGAAAAAAAUUGGAUUACUGAAUAUAAAAUAGAUGCGCAACUAGGAGUAGAAUCUUAUAAAAAUUUAAUUCGUGGAAAAACUAUCAAAACAGCUCCAUACUCUAAUGUUAAUCGUUCCAAAAUAAAUAAAGUAAUAUCACGUUUACUCCAUUUUUAUAAACGUUCCUCAUUUGAACAUCAUAAUAUAUGUUUAGAAAGUGAAGAAGCAUUUGAAAUAGCCAGAAAAGGUUUACCAAAACCUUCUAUACCAUUUGCUCCUAUUAUUUAUAAUUUAGAAUUAUGUGGUUAUAGUUCUCCAUAUUUUUCAAUAAAAAUACAAGGUGUUAAUUUAACAGAUAAUUUUUUGAGAGAUUUUAUAUUACAUUUUGGAAAUGAGUUAUUAACUCUUGCUUCUCCAAAAAAUUUACGAUGCCUUAGAGUUGGCCCUUAUACAAUUAAUGAAACAUUAUUAGAAAAAGAUAUAAAUCUUAAAAGUAUAUUGAAAAAUAUAUUGGUAUGUAAUGAUAUUUAUGAAAAAUUUAAAAAUUCUGAUACUGUUGUUAGAGAAUUAACAGAUAAAGAAUUAAAAAAUGAUGAUACAAAAGCAAAAUACUUGGUACAAGAAUGUGCUCCAAAUAAUGAAAAUGAUGUUAAGGAAAUGAUAGAUGAUUUAAGAAUUCCAUGGGGUAGAUAUUAUAACACAGUUUAA